AUGGCUACCCCUAGUGUCCUAGCUUUUGACGCUGAGGGUCGCGCCAUUGACUUUGAGGUCUGGGUCGACGACCUGCAGUUGUUUUUACAGUGCGAUAGGGCAGACGGCCUCUCUCUCUUUGACCUCACUUCUGGCACCUCUCCUGCCCCUGCUGCUGAUGCUGAUCCCACUGUGCGCUCUCAGUGGGCCACCCGCGAUGCUGCUGCACGUCUUGCUGUGCGUCGCCACCUCCCUACCUCUGAGCGCGCACACUUUAGUCAGUACAAGAGUGCUCAGACCUUGUACGACGCUGUAGUUGCGCGCUACUCCUCCCCUGCCACUGCUGCACUGAGCCGUCUCAUGCUUCCCUACCUCUUUCCUGACCUCUCUGCCUUUCCCACUGUCGCUGAUCUCAUUAUGCACCUCCGCACUAGUGACACUCGCUACCGCGCCGCCCUUCCUGCUGAGGGUGCUCUCCUUCCCCCCUUGCUGCCCUCUGUUGCCUCUGCUGCUGCUGCCGACCUGCUUGGUCUCGAGUCGGUUGGCGCGGCGUUUGCCCCUAGUGGGAGACGCCGCUCUGGCAAGGGCAAGGGGAGCAAGGGCGCUGGUGGAGCUGGAGGAGGCGGUGGAGGUGGCAGUGGAGGCAGCGGAGGGAGUGGGGGUGGCGGCGGGAGUUGUGGAGGGGGUGGUGGUGGUAGUGGUGGCAGCGGCGGAGGAGGCGGCGGUGGUGGCGGCGGCGGUGGUGGUAGCGGCAGUGGUGGCGGUGACGGUGGGGGAGGCGGCGGCGGAGGAGGCGGUGGUGGCGGAGGAGGUGGAGCUGGUCGAGGCGGUACCCAGCAGCGGAGCGGCGGUGGUGGUGGUCAGCGCUCGCAGCAGCAGCAGCAGCAGCGUUCGCGUGACGUCCCUCUGCCCCAGCAGCUCCGUGAGUGGUACACUCGGCGUCAGAGGGGUGGGGGUACUGGUCCUUGCACCUACGUCCUUCGUUCCGGCGACCGCGCGGGUGAGCAGUGUGGGGGUGCCCACCCCACCCAGCGCUGCUUUGGCCGCCUGACGGACGCUUGGCGUCAGCAGUUCCCCAGGGCUAGUGAGAUCCCUCGCAGGGAUGAGCUUCUUCGGGCUGGUGUAGCGAUCUUUGAUCUUGAUUUUGAUGCUAUCCUUGCUGCUAUGUAUGCUGUGACUAUUAGUGAGGAGGGUGACUGUUACCGGUGUUUCUCGCCCGACCCGGGCAUUGGUACUGCUGCGCUAGGUGCUUGUGAGGCUGCCGCUCUAGGUGCCAGUGCGUCUGCGCUCUCAGACCGCACCACCCUCACGCCGCUUGGCCGGCCGAUUGCGGUCUCCCUGGCUGACCCCUCUGGGGGUCCUGUCCUCUCUCACUUCUCUACUGUGCUCCCGUGUCCGGCUGCCCCCUCGGGCACACUGUCUGGUCUGUACCUUCCCUCGUUCUCGACGAACUUGGUGAGUGGUGCGGACCUACAGGAUGCGGGGGUUCACCAGUUCACUCCUGCGAGUCAGCGGGUGACCCACUGCACGGACGCACGCACAGGCCGACACCUGGCCACGUUCUCACGUCGGCCAGGGUCGAGCCUCUACACCCUGACCACUACAUCUCCUCCUGUCCCUGCGUCGGGUCAGGUAGCUGCGUCAGGUCAGGUGCUUGCUGCUGCGUCCCGGUCAGGACCUUCCGGUGUCCCCUAUGUCGAGGGGCGCCUCCGGGCUGCUCCUCACUCCUCCCAGUUCCCCCCGACAGAGGCUCCACUGCAGACCCUUCACAUGGACGUGUGGGGCCCAGCCCCCGUCCGUGGGCAGGGUCACGAGCGCUACUUCCUGUUGGUGGUUGACGACUACUCGCGUUACACCACAGUCCUCCCCUUGCGCAGCAAGGGUGCUGUCACUGAGGUGCUGAUCGACUGGAUCCGCGAGGCUCGUCUCCAGCUCAGGAAGAGCUUCGGCUCAGACUUUCCUGUUCUGCGUCUGCACUCGGACAGAGGCGGAGAGUUCUCCUCUCACCUUCUGCGAGAACUACUGUCGUGCACGGGGGAUCCGCCAGACCUUCACGCUUCCGACUAUCCACAGCAAAAUGGGAUUGCUGAGCGCCGCAUUGGCAUGGUCAUGGAUGUCGUUUGUACGUCCAUGAUGCAUGCGGCUGCCCCCCAUUUUCUGUGGCUGUUUGCGGUGAGGUACGCGGCGCAUCAGCUCAACCUUCACCCCAGGGUCUCUCGGCCCGCGAUGUCCCCAGUCUUGCUGUGGACGGGGAAGGUUGGCGAUGCGUCGGCGUUCCGUGUCUUGGGAUCUCGGGCGUUUGUCCGCGACUUGUCUGCGGACAAGCUGUCCCCUCGUGCUACUCCCUGUGUCUUCCUUGGCUUCCCCACUGACGCUCCAGGGUGGCAGUUUUACCACCCCUCCUCUCGUCGUGUUCUGUCCUCCCAGGACGUCACGUUCGACGAACCCCCUCCUCUCUCAGGUGUGUCCCAGGUAGACGCAGUUGACCCGGUCGAGGUUACUGGUGACUUUGGUGCUGCUGCGGGUGCUGAGCCAGGGGGUGCUGACUCUGGGGGUGCUGUGCGCGGGGGUGCCGGGCCUGGAGGUGCUGAGCCUGGGGGUGCUGGGCCUGGGGGUGCUAAUGCGGAGGGUGCUGAGCCUGGGGGUGCUGAGCCGGGGGGGUGCUGUGCCUGGAGCUGCUGA